AUGUCAAAGAUCAAGGAAGAUAACAUUCGACGGUUUGCCAAUAGCCAAGCCUUGAGCAUAGAAGCUAAAGACCCAAAGCUUGUGUCGACUACUUUGUCCGACAACUGUCGUCGUCUCAUCGCACCUACAUCGUUUAUGAAAUCAAUGGGCCUUCCCGACGAGAUGAUAAAACAGGGUUCCUCUAAUGAGGUUUAUGAACAACAGUUUGUGAUGCAAAUACUGUUUGUUGAGUCGACCUCGUGCAACAUACACGAUAUAUCGCUUGACCAACAGAAGUUGAAGGCGACAUAUCAUCUCACUCACAGUAGUUAUUGGGUUUAUCUGGAUUUGAGAAAGCCACUUGAAGACAGUUCAGGAGAUAUUUGA